AUGACUUUUCCAAACAUCCGCAGGUUGCACGCCAACAAUAUUGCUACUCUUCGAAAGUCCCCUCUCUCCGAAAUAUCCGGAUCCCUGGGAGACCUCGGAACACUCCUCCCACUAAUGAUAGCUUUGGCUGUCAAUAAUUCGAUAUCGCUUUCCGCAACGCUAGUCUUCUCCGGAUUUUGGAACAUACUCACAGGAGUUUUAUUUGGCAUACCUUUGCCAGUUCAGCCUAUGAAGGCAAUAGCAGCUGUCGCUAUUGCUAGAAAUUUCUCCGUGGAAGAAACAAUAUCUGCAGGCUUUACUACCUCAGGCUUUGUCUUCCUGUUCAGCAUCACAGGUCUCUUGCGGUGGUUCACUCGCGUCAUUCCAACCCCCGUGGUAAAGGGCAUCCAGGUUGGAGCCGGUCUUUCACUAGUAUCAUCCGCUGGCACCCGUCUCCUCCUCCCCCUCGGAUGGACGACACCCAAUGGAGAGGAUAAUUUCAUCUGGGCACUCCUCGCCUUCAUAGCUCUCCUCGCCACGCAGAAAAUGCAGAGGGUGCCGUAUGCACUUUUGAUCUUCCUCGUGGGUCUGGUACUUUCCCUCUUCAUUGCGGGGGGGCGAAACAUUCCUUCAUUCAGGAUGUGGCACCCAAAUACCAUCCUACCUUCUUGGACAGCCUUCAAAACUGGAGCUCUAGACGCGGGACUUGGUCAAAUUCCACUUACCACCUUGAAUUCCAUCGUUGCCGUCGCACACCUCUCUGCGGAUCUUUUGCCUCAGAUCCCUACCCCCGGAGUGACUGAAAUCGGUAUCAGUGUUGCUCUGAUGAACCUGAUCGGCGGCUGGUUCGGAGCCAUGCCCGUCUGUCACGGGUCGGGUGGUCUAGCAGCACAAUAUCGCUUCGGUGCUCGAAGUGGUGCUUCGAUUAUCCUCCUCGGAAUAUUCAAAAUCGUGUUAGGCCUCCUGUUUGGCGAGAAUCUUAUUGGGCUUGUUCGCGAGUAUCCGAAAGGUCUUUUGGGUGUUAUGGUCUUGGCUGCUGGGCUGGAGCUGGCCAAGGUUGGAGAGAGCUUGAAUUACGGCGCCCGAGAUCUUUGGGAGACCCCGGAUCCUCCAUUGGGAAAUGAACAAUCGGAAGAAGAAGGCCUGAAGCAGCAGAGGACGCCAUCGGACGAAGAGCGGAAGGAGAGGUGGAUGGUCAUGCUUAUGACGGUGGGGUGUUUGCUGGCGUCUAAGAAUGACGGUGUUGGAUUUGUUGCUGGCAUGCUGUGUCACUUCUUCAACCAUGCUCCGAAGGUAUGGGCGGAGCGGGAGAAUCGUGGUCUGAGACGUGGUGGCCGGAGUGAUAGGUAUGCGAGGAGGACGGGGCAAGCCACGACUGAUGAGGACGAAGAAGAACAGCUGUUGGUAGAAACCAAAAUGGUCGUCUUCCUGGAUCUCGAAGACGAAGCUGAGCCUCCCGAACUGCUGCAGGGACAUUGGUCCAUACAACAUGAUCGCGCACACGCAGGCGUAAUGAGGCGUCUGGACAUCAAUGCAGGGCAUUAUCAGACAGGACGUCGAGAGAGAGGGACGGAGAGGGAAAAUCCGAACAAGAACAAGGCCAUUACAGAGGCUCUAGCCUGUUAUCCGAUGAUCAUAUCCCUGGCUUCACACAUCGACCUCAACACCCUCGAUGCCCUCUCCCUCACAUGCCGUCAGAUCCGCGUCAACCUCCUUCAGUACCGCACCCAGCUCAUAGCUUCGACGCUGCACUGCGAGAACGAGGAGGUGGAGCUUGACCCGGAGCAUACAUUUCGUUAUCGGGCGCGAGCUGCGGACUGGUAUUUUGUGGAAGGGGGCACGAUUGGGGCUGGAGCGGGCAAGUUUGGGGAUUGUGCCAGGGACAUGGUAGGAGAGUGCCGGAGGUGCGGAAGGGUGGUCUGUAGGAACUGUAUCAUCAAACCCCCUGCGCCUGUCCUCCUACGCCAUCGCCACCGCCGCAUCUGCAACCCUUGCUCCAAAGCUCCGCUCUCUUCUCUCAUCGGCGGCAUCUCCGACUCCCCCAACGAAGUCUCUUCCGCAGCUUCCCCAACCAAGCCCCUCGGUGCAGAUACUCUCAGACAGCAGAUCUGUAACUGUCCCACGGAAGGCGUCUGGCUCUGCCAACCUUGUGGCCGAUCCCUUCGGAGUGCCGAUAACGAGUACGAAGGUAUCUGGAAAUGGCGAACUCGCUAUCUCCCCUCUCUCGGUGGCCUUGGCGUCGGUAUCGGCGAAGGCGACCGUGGCGUCCCGUGUGGACGCGGCGAUGAGUGCGUUGCUGCGCGCGAAGUCGAAAGCGAGAUUGACUGUGACGCCGAAGAUGCUAGGGAGAUUGAUAUUCACAGCCGCGCGGCGAGUCCGACGUCGAGCCCGGGAAGUGCGCACUGCAGUGGGAGUGGCAGCGGGCAGAUGCUCGGCCCGGGCUACGCGAGACAUGAAAUUGAGGGUAUUGGGGGGGUGGUGAAGAAGAAGCUCGUGAGGAUGGUCAAGGUGGGCGCUUGUGUGCCGGAGUGGGGGGACGAGAAGGACGCCGGGAGGUUCUUGGUUAAGGAGCAGGAGGGCGUUGCGAGGAGUUGGUGCGGGUGGUGCUGGAGGGUGGUGCCGGGCGCCAAGGACGUGGUUGGGUAA